UCGUCCCGUGGGGGGGGGGGUAGGGGGUGUGUCGUCGUCCCCCCCUCUCAAUCCACGCGCUCAUCCUCGAUGCGUCCACGUCCCCGUCUCGCUCAGUCACGACUGCUGCUGCUGAUGGUCGUGGUGGUGGUCGAGGUGGUUGGAGGGAUUGAGUCAGCAGGUCCAGGGCACGUGCAGACAGAUUCCUGAGUGAACAGGGCAGAUAUAGAGGGGCCUACACGGGUCAAGAGAGGUGUAGUGUGGAGUGUUACACUAGAGAAUUCUAGUGUGGAGAGUUCUAUUGUAGAGAGUUCUAGUGUAGACAGUUCUAGUGUGGAGACAUCUAGUGUAGAGAGUUCUAGUGUAGAGACAUCUAGUGUAGAGACGUCUAGUGUAGAGGUUUAGUGUAGAGAGAUCUAGUGUGCAGAGGUCUCGUGUAGAGACAUCUAGUGUAGAAAGUUAUAGUGUGGAGAGUUCUAGAGUGGACAGGGUCACCAGCAGCAUGCGUUUCACGGCGAGGGUGCGUGGUGAGUGGUUGGCCGUCCCGGGCCGCGCCUCGGACUCGGUCUACUCGCUGGGGCUGGAGGCGCUCAAGCGGCACGUGAAGAACAAGCCGGACCACGGCGGCCUGGGGGCCCUGGCAGAGGUUCGCUUCACCGUGAGGAGGUGCCAGGGCCUCGGACUCCUGGACCAAGACGACCUGCUGGAGGACGUGCUGCAGGACAACGACUUCGUGGAGCUGGCCCUGGAGGGAGACGCCAUGUCAGAGGACUUCUACCCCUCGCAGCCCGAGAGACUCCAGCCCUGGAACAUCACUUACAAGGAGCCAGAAGAGUUUCUGAGCUUGGAUGGCAACAGUUUGAGCACUCGGGAGCUGCUGCGUCUCGGCAAAAGCCACUUCAAGAUCAAGCUCACGGAGGAGGCCCAGGUCAGGAUCAGGAAAUCGCGCGAGCUGCUGGAGACGAUCAUCCAGGAGAACAAAGUGGUUUACGGAAUCACGACGGGAUUUGGCAAGUUCGCCCGCACGGUCAUCCCAAGCAACAAGCUCAAGGAGCUGCAGGAGAACCUCAUCCGCUCGCACGCAGCAGGAGUGGGGAAGCCCCUCCUGCCGGAGCGGACCCGCAUGCUGCUCGCACUGCGGAUCAACGUUCUGGCCAAGGGCUACAGCGGCAUCUCCCCAGAAUCCAUCAGCCGCAUGAUCAGCGCAUUCAACGCGUCGUGUCUGCCCUACGUGCCGGAGAAGGGCACGGUGGGGGCGAGCGGGGACCUGGCCCCCCUGGCACACCUCGCGCUCGGCCUCAUGGGCGAGGGGAAGAUGUGGUCGCCCAGGAGCGGUUGGGCCGAUGCGAAAUACGUGCUGCAGGCUCAUGGACUUUCUCCGAUAUCGUUCCGCCCCAAGGAGGGCCUGGCCCUCAUCAACGGGACCCAGAUGAUCACGGCGCUGGGGGCGGAGGCCGUGGAGCGGGCGGCCUCCAUCGCCAGGCAGGCGGACGUGAUCGCGGCGCUCACCCUGGAGGUGCUUAAGGGCACCACCAACGCGUUCGACAGCGACAUCCACGAGCUGCGUCCUCACCCGGGGCAGAAGGAGGUGGCUUUCCGCUUCCGCUCCCUGCUCGACUCGGACCACCACCCGUCCCAGAUCGCCGAGAGCCACAGGUUCUGUGACCGGGUCCAGGACGCGUACACGCUGCGCUGCUGCCCGCAGGUGCACGGCAUCGUGAAUGACACCAUCAGCUUUGUGCAGAAAGUCAUCCAGACGGAGAUGAACAGCGCGACCGACAACCCCAUGGUGUUUUACGAGCGAGGCGAGACCAUCUCCGGGGGCAACUUCCACGGAGAAUACCCUGCGAAGGUGCUGGACUACUUGGCGAUCGGAGUGCACGAGUUGGCGGCCAUCAGCGAGCGGAGGAUCGAGAGGCUGUGCAACCCAUCCCUGAGCGAGCUGCCCGCGUUCCUCGUCAACGAAGGAGGCCUCAACUCGGGCUUCAUGAUCGCGCACUGCACCGCCGCCUCGCUCGUGUCGGAAAACAAGUGUCUGUGCCACCCUUCGUCCGUCGACUCCCUCUCCACCAGCGCGGCCACCGAGGACCACGUGUCCAUGGGCGGCUGGGCCGCGCGCAAGGCCCUGCGCGUCAUCGAGCACGUGGAGCAGGUGUUGGCCAUCGAGCUGCUGGCCGCGUGCCAGGGCAUCGAGUUCCUGCGGCCUCUGCGCACGACCACCCCGCUGGAGAAAGUCUACGACCUGGUCCGCAGCAGCGUCAGGCCCUGGAUAAAGGACCGCUUCAUGGCUCCGGACAUAGAGGCCGUGCACCGGAUGCUCGUGGAGGAGAAGGUGUGGCAGGUGGCCGAGCCGUACAUCAACUGCUACCGGCUCAAGGACCUGCCCGAGUCGAGGCCGGAUUCGCCGACGGCGUGCUCGCUCAGCUCGCCCUCGUCGCCCAACAAACGUCGCCGUAGCUGCGAUUAGGCUGGGGGGGGGGGAGCGCUCGCUGGUUCUGCUGGCGAUCAUUCUAAACCGCUACGAUAACGAUAGCUAACGCCGGCGUGUAGCCACGAAAAGCCUCGCCGAGUCUCCCAACUCUUUUGUAAGGAGGGAUCUGCGUUUUGAUAUUCGGCAAUCCCGUGGGCGAGCUUUUUUGGCUGAAUCCGGGAGGAAUGCAGCAGUGCCUGGAGAAAGCCGACCGUGUAUCAGGGGCUGACACUCAACAAAAAAACUCAACACUGAUUACAUUAAUUGCUGUCCUGCCAACUUCUGGAGACCUCGAAGCACACGGCAGCAUACUCACUCUACUCACACAGCACACAGAAUCAUACAGCAUCAUACUCACUCUACUCUCACAGCAGCAUACAGCAGCAUAACAGACUCUACUCUAACACCACACAGCAUCACACACAAUUUGAUUCCACAAUACAUGUUCCUAUGCCCUUUGAGAACAUGGUGCGUUACGUGUUAGAUUAUGUUUGAUUAAAGCACCAAUCUGUAGGCUCAAGUGUGCAAUGUUUGAUGUUUAAUAAAAUCUCUGUCGCUCGAAAAAACAACGUUCCUGCCUUCACGAGGGGCGGCUGUGGCCGAGGACUCGCGGUUGGGUGGGGGGGCUUAACGAAGAUGCAUCUUAACCACAGUGCG